GUCACGUCAAGCACCCAGAGGACGACGAGCUUGGAGUCAGACAGACGGGCUCACCAGCUCAUCAUCUGUACUCACAGUACCUCAUUUAGGACUCGAGAACACAAGCAGUUCAACAGGGGCUGUCCUUUCGCACACUAAUUUGGUCAGGGAAUUUAAGAAGAGAAAUGGACUUCAUCCUGCCACCCACUCUGCCAGCUGGUGGUAUCCCAUGGGAGAAGGUUUUACCACCUCUUAUCCCUCGGCUGAAUGCGACUUACGGACAAUGUAACUGGUCCCCGAAAUUACUGAUUCCGGAGGCUGAUAGUACUAGCUCUGCAGAGGUGACCUGUGACGACAGCGGUUUUACAGUUCAAGUGGAUGUAAAGCACUUCAACCCAGAGGACCUAAUGGUCAAAGUGAUAGGAGAAUUUGUGGAAGUUCAAGGAAAGCAUGAAGAAAAGAAGAAGGAUGGUGCAGGGGUUACGACGCGGCAGUUUAACCGCCGCUACCGAAUCCCGAAGGGAGUGGACACCAUGGCUUUGGUGUCAGCGGUCUCUCCAGAUGGCAUCCUUAUCAUAUCUGCUCCCAUCCUGCAAACCGAGGACUCCAGAACCCUAAUCUAGUCACAUUAAUGCCAAACACUCUGCCAUCUUCACUAAGUGUGAAAACAAGUGCAACAGAAGCCUUUAAGAACACACAGGCACAUACAGAAAUAACUUUCAGGCACCUUCAGUCACUGCGACACUCAGCACGUGCCAAAACACCCAUUUGUUCUGUUCCUGGCACUGUUUUAAUAUUCCCUGCUCUGAGGUUUGUAUAUACUGCUCUGCUAUAGCUCAUCAAUCUUACAUGAUGUUUCAAGAAACCAGUCUUUGUAAAUAGUCUGCGUUCGAAAGUUCGAACUGCUGUUUUGUUUUGUGUGUGCAACUUUUGUAAAAUGCACUGUAUUUUAAUUGUGAUUAAUGAAGCACGCACACAUAUCUGCAAACUCUUUAAUGUGGAAAUAUUUCUUCAAAAAUGAAAAAAUAAACUUUAUUUCUGUAUAAAAUUUUAAAAAA